UCAAGAUGAGAACAGAGAUCUUCUAAAAGACUUUUGAUUGAACAGAAUUGAAAGGCAACACAGUUGUUCCCCGGAACGAAGCUCUAAUGUGUUUGUUUUUCUCAGCUCUUGUGUUUCUCGAACUAUCGGAAUUUGAAUUCAAUUUGUAAUUUUUUUAAGAGCUUUUUCGUUUUUGGAUUUACUGGUGAAAUCCUGAGGCUUUCUGCUCCGAACAACCGUCCUCCUUUCAAGAAUGAAUGAUUUAUUACGAAACAACAGCAACUUCAAGUAUUCCAAAAAAACUGCCAGAAACAUCCUUGUCAUUGUAUUUGUUUAUGGCAUACAAGAACUUCUGAGAACCCAAUUCUUCAGAUGUCCGUGCAAAAACUAUGCUCUCUACAGCUUCAUUAUGGUAGCAGCUCCUAUGUUUUUCCUUCUUGGCAUUGGAUUCAGCUCAAGUGAUGGCUACUGGUCUAUCGUUUCCCGACGAAAACAUAUUACAAACAACAAACUUCGACUCAACUACUGCCUGAGGUCCCUGCCAAGUCUGUUUGAGCCGUUCUUGCCAGCGGCUGCUUUUAUUGUAUUCGUUUUGAUGAGAGGGGAAUACUACGCAUGUGCGAAAAUUGGAGGACGAGACGGUACAUGUUUGGCCAAGCAGGGACUGGAACAAAAUUUAAAGAUCUCAAGGGAUCUUGAGUCACAUAGUUGCACGUACACUGGUUAG